AGUCCACUUCCAGAUUUCCAGUGGGCGAAACACUGCAGAGGUCAUGGUAUGGCUGCUGAUUGCGGCCAAAAAUCUUAUCGUCUCAAUCAUCGAAUCUUAUAUCCUGUAUCUAAAAUCGGUGCUUCUCUUUCUCCAGCUCAUUGGAUGCCACUCACAUGCCGAAUACGGCACGUUUAAGCAGACACGGCUAGACUUCCUCUUCUUAACCUUCUUGAUGACUUGAUCUUAAGCCGGCAAGGGGAGUGCGAAUUAUGAUCCCACUCCCAGGAACUGUUUUGACAUUUAGAUAGAAAUAUUGGGGGUAAUUUGAGAUUGCUUACAUCAGAUAUCUUGAAAAAGUUGAAUACAGAUUUAUUUUCUGGGUAUUUCGAUUUUAUUUUCUGGCGUGCCACUGAAUCUUCCUUGUUUGGAUGGGGAAUGGGGCAUGGGGCAAAGUUCCAAUGGCGGUUUCUUUGAGGAAUGGCUUCUGUUUCUUUUGUGCUUAUGAUAUUGGAUUGGAGAAAAGGGAAGGAGAUGCUCCGGCUUUAGAUUUUUUUCCUUGGAAGAGUGAUUUCAAAGGCAGCCGAAUACUGGAGAAGGAACAGAAAAGCCACCCAAUUUCCCCAAUAAAAAUGCAGGGUCAAACUCCAAUGGAUGUUGCUCAAACUCUGGGGUGGUGGCAGAAGAAGACGGCGCCAAACAUGGAGGAGGUAGAAUCAAUAGACCAACUCGAGCACAUGCUGCUAAACGCCGAGGACAAACUUGUCGUCGUUGAAUUCCUUUCUCCCCAAUGCGGAGGCUGCAAGGCUCUGCACCCAAAGAUUUGCCAACAAGCUGAGUUGAAUUCUAGCGCGAUGUUUCUGAAAGUCAACUUUGAUCAGCACAGAGGUAUGUGUAGAAGCCUUGGCGUUCCAGUUCUUCCCUUCUUCCAGUUCUACAGAGGAGCUGAAGGCCGUGUUUGCAGCUUCAGCUGCACAAAUGCAAAUAUACAGAAGUUCAAGGAUGCGGUUAAGAAACACGGGAAGUGCGGACGAAAGUUUGAACCCGCGGAAAGUUUAGAAGAGUUGGAGAAGAUGAAAUUAGCUUCAAAUGCGCAUAUAGAGUUUAGUUGUGGAAUGCCAUCGUCGUCGUCUGAGGAUUUUAAGUCUAUCUGAGUUGGAGAAGAUGAGAUUAGCUUCAUUUUUAUUUUGGAUCAAGAUGUUUAGCUGGAUUUUAUCUUUAGCUCACUAAGGAGUAUUCUCAGGCAGAGGCUAAUCCACAAAGAUGGAUCUUUGCCUAGGGCUGUCCUAGGAAUUAUUUUUAUUACUCAUGUAAAUUUUUUACA